AUGUGGCGCCAGAUCACGCGAGCAUUGCCUGGUGCGGUCCUUGACGCCCUAGAGAACCCCAAAGCCAAGGUGAGGGCUGCCAUCGACAGGGCGCUCGCCAUGCUGGGAGCCCACUUGACUGAAGGCUCUACGCUCCCACAUGGCUACAUGGAUUUUCUUUCCGUUGCCGAUGGCAUGGCGCUCUUCCGGGUUGGCGGGCCCGCUGUCAAGCAUUUGCCAAAGUGGACGACGUCAAAUGGUAUGGCUUCACAAGGAUUUUACCAAGAUCAAUAUCCUGCGCGCUGGCGAGCCGAGGCUUGGAGGCGCAUUACACUGACAAGGCUGCCCACAGAGGCAUUUUGUUAUAUGGCCGGGCGGCCAUUACCAAGGCCGGAGAGCUACAAUGGUGGCAUAGAUGGUCUGCGCGCGUUCGACGGCACCAUGGCAGGCUGGAACAGCGGGAGUCAGGGGCUCAUGCCUUACUAUUGGUUCAGGAGCCCCCUCGAGGUUGCUACCGAGGGGAACGGGCGGAACGGGCGGUCCUGGGCUGUAGUCGUCAACCCAAGAUACCGCCGUGUCACACUUGACGGGGGGACGGAAAACCCGCAGAUGCCCGGUCUUCAAAGCGUAGCGAGCAAUUUUCCCGGCCAUACGGACUAA